AUGGCAGAUCCAUUGAGCAUAACCGCCUCGCUGUUAGCUGUGAUAACAGCUGCCGUUCAGUCAACAAAAGCACUUCGUGAAACCAUCACACGCUUCAAGGAUCGCGAUAAAACAUUAGGCAGGCUUCAAAAUGAGCUUUGCGAUCUUUUCAAUAUAUUGGAUUCUUUGAAGCAAGUGGUCGAUACCGAGGCAUCAAUGCUGGCGCUUCUCCAAGGCCCCAUUGAGAGGUGUGCCCAAGUAUGCUGUGAUUUUGAAAAAUCAAUGGAGGCUUUCAGUCGAAAAUCGAAGACAGGUUUCCGAGAUUGGACGAAGAUGGAGUUCAUGAGAGGUGAUAUUCAUGAAUUUAUCGAUACAAUUUCCGGGUAUAAAUCUACAAUUUCAGUCGGCUUGGGUACCUUGACUAUACAUAAUGCAAAGGUCUCCCAGAAAGCUCUUCAAGAAUAUAAUGAAAUGAUAAAGGAUACAGUAUAUGGCCUUGAAAUUCAUCUACAACGAGUUGAUGAGAAAAUGGCGCAAUUGACCACCGAUACAACAGCCAACUCGAGUUCGACUGUCGAUUUAAAAGACGAAAAAGAUGUGACUCAGCAAUGUCUUCGUAUUUGCGAAAAUGCGGGCGAUUAUAUCGCAUCUUUGGCGACUCAAGAAUGUGCACUUCUUCGCGGGGCAAAUAGUGCGGGGCAAGAUAUUCAUCAGUUUGAAGCACAAACUCUCACACGUCAAGCUUUGGAAGAAAACCAGGAUAAUUUUGCCAUGAUCAUCAAUCAACUUCGGAGUCGUCUAGAAACUCUUGUGUUGAAGAAUGACCCUAAUGACGGAAAUGAGAGAUCGCGGUUACUGAACGACAUCAAUACCUCCAAGCAAUGCUUAGAGGUUUGUAGGGUUGCAAGUGAAGUCUCCAGCCGAAAAGAAUACCGUGUCGGGGAAGUAAUCGCAGAUGGCGAAAGCGAUCAAGUUGUGGUGAAUACUUUAGCCGAUAUAUUUGAUGUUAAAAAAGCUUCAUCUUUGGGGAAUUCAGCACAGCUGGUUGGCUCCAUGACAGAAGAAGCACUUCGGGACUUAACCGAGAAGAGGUAUAAUAGCCGUUUUGGAGCCCUACCCCAGGUUUCCAAUGACACUCAUGAUCGGGUCACUAGACAGUACUCAGUCAGUGAUACUCAAAAGCUUGGGCAGCCUUGUGUAACCUUGAAAGGCUCUGAGGGGGAAUAUGUUAAGCCUAAAGCAAGGCAUAGCCCGUCUUCCAACGAAGUGAGAAAACGAUCUCCGCGGGAUGAUAACGAACCAGAUACGCGAAAAUAA